CUCGGCAUUCAACGAACACGUGUGUUGACAACAAACUGGUGGGAAAACAGUUCCAAAAUGACAGAGUUCAAUCCUACAGAACACCAGCAUGUCCGCUAUAAUCCUCUAAAAGAUGAGUGGAUCCUGGUGUCUCCUCAUCGCUGCCUGCGGCCGUGGAGCGGACAGACCGAGAGUGGUCAGGAGGAGCAGGCAUCAGACCCGAAUAACCCUCUGAAAGCUGGCGCUGUUAGAGCUAAUGGCCAGCGAAACCCAGUCUACACGUCGACCUACGUGUUCCCGAACGACUUCCCAGCUCUCUUGGAGAGAGUGCCCGAGCCUCCGACGCCUGAUCAUCCACUGUUCCAAGCCAGCCAGGCUAAAGGAACCUGCAGAGUGAUGUGCUUCCACCCUGAAUCAUCAAUGACCAUACCCCUGAUGACCGUUGAAGAAAUACUGGCAGUUAUUGAAGAAUGGGUGAACCAAAUGAAAGAGCUGGGUCGUCGAUACACCUGGGUGCAGAUCUUCGAGAAUAAGGGCGCUGUGAUGGGGUGCUCCAACCCCCACCCCCACUGCCAGAUUUGGGCCUCCAGUUUUAUGCCAAACGAGCCACGAGUGAAGGACAGAACUCAAAAGCAGUACUUCACUCAAUAUGGUAAACCUCUGCUCGUAGAUUACCUAGAGCAAGAGCUAGUAAAAAAGGACCGUAUAGUUAUUCAAAAUGCUGAGUGGGUAGCUCUCGUGCCAUAUUGGGCAGCUUGGCCUUACGAAACUAUGCUGCUCCCGAAGAAUGGACAACCUCAGAGGCUAACAGACCUUAACGACGAACAAAAAAAGGAUUUGGCAGAAAUUAUAAAGGGUUUGAAUACGAAAUACGAUAAUUUGUUCAAGUGCAGCUUCCCGUACUGUAUGGGUUGGCAUGGUGCACCCACUGGUCCAGGCCACACACCAAGAGAUUCUCCGCACUGGUUACUUCACGGCCUCUAUCUUCCACCGCUGCUUCGCUCUGCUACUGUAAAAAAGUUCAUGGUGGGGUACGAAAUGUUAGCGCAGCCACAGCGUGACCUGACUCCAGAACAGGCUGCCCAUACGCUGAGAGAGUGUGAUACAGUACAUUAUAAACUCAAGAAGUGAUUCAAUAAGACGAAGUAAAGUUGUCGGUGUUUUUGUUAAUUUUUUGUUAUAUUUUUUUUAUUAUAAAUAUUUUAUUAA